CACACACACAGCCUCUGUGCACUGAGGACACAGCAGUGUCUGCUGGUGAGAGUGUGUCCAACUUUCUGUGUGGAUUUCAUCAAGGCUCCCCUCCUCAUCCCACUUGGAAGACAACAUGACGGACCCAUCGACCAACAUGCGGCUGAAGCUGCCGAUCACCUGCUUCAUCCUCCAGAUCAUCCUCAUCAUCCUCUUCGGCGUGCUGGUCCAGUACGACGAAGAUACGGAUGCAAAGAAGCAUCAUCACGGCAAUCAUUCUGAAGCCAAGAGUGACAUUGAGAAUGACUUCUACUACAGAUAUCCAAGUUUCCAGGAUGUCCACGUGAUGAUCUUCGUCGGUUUCGGCUUCUUAAUGACCUUCCUGCAGCGCUAUGGCUUCAGCAGCGUGGGUUUCAACUUCCUGAUCGCAGCCUUCUCCCUGCAGUGGGCCACGCUGAUGCAGGGCUUCUUCCAUGGGUUACAUGAAGGCAAAAUCCACAUUGGAGUGGAGAGCAUGAUCAACGCUGAUUUCUGCACCGGAUCUGUGCUGAUUUCAUUUGGAGCUGUUUUGGGUAAAACCAGUCCCGUCCAGCUGCUGUUUAUGGCCGUGUUUGAGGUCACCCUGUUUGCCGUCAAUGAGUUCAUCCUGCUGAGCCUGCUAGGAACCAGAGAUGCUGGAGGCUCCAUGACCAUUCACACCUUUGGAGCUUACUUCGGUCUGAUGGUGACCCGAAUCUUGUACCGACCCAACCUAGAUAAGAGCAAACACAAGAACUGCUCGGUGUACCACUCGGACCUGUUCGCCAUGAUUGGAACUCUUUACCUGUGGAUGUUCUGGCCCAGCUUCAAUUCUGCCGUCACAGAGCAUGGAGACCCUCAGCACCGCACAGCCAUGAACACCUACUACUCUCUGGCAGCCUGCACUCUGUCCACAUACGCCAUGUCUUCCCUCACAGCGCACGACGGCAAGCUGGACAUGGUCCACAUCCAAAACGCUGCUCUGGCCGGUGGAGUCGCUGCAGGAACAGCCGGUGAAAUGAUGCUGACUCCUGUCGGCUCCAUGAUUGUUGGAUUCUUGGCCGGGAUCAUCUCUGUUCUGGGCUUCAAGUACCUCACACCCAUCCUGGAGAGCAAGCUGAAGAUCCAAGACACCUGUGGGAUCCACAACCUGCACGGCAUGCCCGGGGUUCUUGGUGCCAUUGUGGGAGCCGUAACUGCUUCUCUAGCAAGCAGAGAAGUUUAUGGAGAGGGUUUGGAAAAGGUGUUUCCUGAUGUGGCCAGCAAGGAAAGAACAGCAUCUUACCAAGGAGGAGUUCAGGCCAUUUCUCUGGCUGUGACUCUGGGCAUCGCUCUGAUCGGAGGACUCCUUGUCGGUUUUAUACUGAAGCUGCCCAUCUUCGGUGCUCCUCGGGACAAUGACUGCUUUGAGGACAGCCUGUACUGGGAGGUCCCGGGAGAAGAAGAGUCUCAUGAAAAUCAGAUGACCGAUGUGAAGACCGAGGAGUCCGACAAGCUCAACAGUUAAACAUGCACACGGGGAAACCAGAAAAUCAUAGAAGCUUACACAGUCUGAACACCAUCCUCCCUCAAUUUUGUCGUGUCAGCUGCCAAACUGUGUUUUUACAUGUAAAAAGUUUUUUUUUUCUUUUUUUUUAUUUACCCUUUAGACAAAAUAAAUAAAAGAAUAACAUUACAGGGUAAUACCAACUGAAGCCACCAGAGGUCAGUAUCGUGCUGUGUUGGUCUGUGUUGCAUGAGAAUCUGCAGGGAAGUCAAUUGCUGGACUUACUUUGGAAUGGAGCCAUAAACCAUGACAUGUCAGAGAAAUUUGACUUUUCCUGUAGCUUCAGACCAAAGAAAUGUCAACCCAGACAACCACAUUCAAUAAAAUGGCUACAAAAGAUUUUUAAAAGGUUUUAUUUUUCAACAUAUCUUGUUUUUAUUUCAUCUUAUGUUAUGAUGUUAAGGGUGCUGAGAAACCGAUUUCAUACAGAUCUUGUGAGUGCUAAAAUGAUGAUAUCUACGUACUGAUUAGGAUAGAAGUGUCUUUUAUUUUAGAUAUUUACAUUUUAUUUUAUGUGCAUAUUUGGAUCUUUAAAGAAUUUGGACAUAUGUGGUCUUAAGAAAUUAAGUAUAAAUUUAAGCCUAUUUUUUGUUUGUAUUUACAAAAUAAAAUGUGGGAUAGAUAUUUUGCUUCAACUUUUAACAA